ACUCUGUGACAACAUCAUCAAGUGUGAUCAAUGCAUCGGCGGUAACGGAUGGUACGGGCGGAGGAUCAGUAAUACAGGCUGGAUGCCUCAAAAUACCUCAGGCUCCGUCUGGACCACUCACUGCCUUUUGGCGGUCACCGCUCCGAGCCUUCCGUCUUCAACAGUCUCAGAACUGCAAACUUCAGAGGAGACGGGAACUAGCUGUAUACAACUAAACAACAACAACAAUAACAACAACAACAGCCAUGACCUCAACCCCCCCGCUCAGCUGCGGCUUGCAUCGGCGGCUGAUCCCAGCAACACUGCAGGUUACCUGGUGAAUCAAUACCCGCGGCUGGGGACACUGGAGUUUAUGAUGAGGCAAGCCAACUAGCUUGCGGGACCCAGCAGCGGAGGCUGUCCCCAUGACAGUUGCAGCAUGGACAGUCCUCAUGGCAAGGCCAUAUGAAAGCUUGAAGGGAAGGGGCUGGUGAUCGACGAGACGAGACG